AAUUAAAAUUAGUUUUCUCAGUGAAAUUAAAUCAUACAUUGUGAUUUUUAAGUCAAACACAAGUUAGGAUGAUUCCUCCCAAAUAAUCAUGAAUAGAAACUUCAUGGUAAACUGCCCCCGCACUCCGGCUCCGGUGAGAAACUCUAGUUUUCUCACAUCCGCUGCAGCCGUCCUGGAAACACCAACCCUGCUAAGGAAACCUGCGUCAUCCUCCACCAAUAACAACGAGAAUGUUGCCAGUAGCACUCCUACCCUUCAGCCACCAUCAGCUGCCUCCACAGCAGCGAUGCAGUUUCUGAUGUUCAAUCAAAUGCAGUCCGCCGCAUUUACCAACAGCUCGAACGGGGGAACACCAUUCCUGCGUAAUGUGGCGAACAAAAAUGGAGUGAUAAACAGUACUUCCGGUUUCAAUUUUGCCAUCCCAAAUAUUCCGGAUAGUACCACAACCGUGGCAACGCGAAUUAUAGAGAACUUGCAAAUAUCUAGCAGUGAUGCUUCCCUCAAAAGAAAACACGAGGAUGGCUACGGGAAUUCGAAGAUACAUGCCAAACGUGUUCAGUUUGAACCCCUUCCAUUGAAACCUAGAAACCAAGUGAAUGGAAACAGAUGGUCCUCGAAAACUGCCUUCCCAGCCUUAACGUCUGGACCAUCGAAACAGACAUCGCCACCCUCCAAGUCGACCAAUUCGGAUGUGAAGAAACUUCGCAUUCUGACUGGCUCGGUGGAACAUAUUAUGAAACUUUCGAAAACUAGUCCAGGCGGUUCCCCGCUGGUGGAGGUAUUUGCCAACGUGUUAACCAUUAAAGCCGGGGCGUACGAAUGUGAAAAGAUACUGCUACUGCGGAACCGCACCGGUCCGGUCAUGCAAGGUGUAUUUUAUGAGAUUGACUUCCACAUGCCUGCGGUAAGUGUGGGGGAUUUGGUGCGAUGCGUGGGGAGGCUGACCGGUGGCAGUCGCUUGCAGAUUCUGAAGAUAACGCUUGCCACUCCGGAGGAGGACCGGAUGGGACAGCGACUGCAAACGGUAAGUGGUUUUGUGGUGUCGGUUAAACGAUAGGAACCAGUCGAAUAUCUGGUUCUAAUGAUUAGAUUGUAUCCUCAUUAUCGAUAGAUAUCCAAAAUUGUGUUAAAAAUAAUACUAGUUAACUACAUAUACAUACCAAACAUGAAUUAUGAAGCUAUUAUUUUUGCAAAUCAAAUGAAUUUAACUGGCUAGUUAAUGUGUCUGAUGUUU